AUGGAGAAUAGCAAGUCGGACGAUCUUCUAGCUUUAGAAUACAACUGUCUAGGUCCUGGUUGGUAUUAUGCACUUCAAAAAGAACUAAAAAGUCCUUCAUUCAAAAAGCUCAAAGAGUUUCUCAGAGAAGAGGAAAAGAAGUACACAAUUUAUCCACCAAAAGAGCAGAUAUACAGCUGGUCACGCUCUCCUAUCGAUGAUAUCCGAUGCUGUAUUAUUGGACAGGAUCCGUACCACGGUGAAGGACAAGCACAUGGAUUGGCAUUCUCAGUCAAACAUGGCGUACGAGUACCACCUUCGUUGUUAAACAUCUACAAAGAACUAAAAAUCGAAUAUCCAGACUUCCAGAUUCCAAAACAUGGCAACUUGGAAAGGCUUUGCUUGGAGAAUGGUAUAUUACUGCUCAACAGCACCCUCACUGUCCGAAAAGACACUGCAGGAUCACACGGUAACAAAGGUUGGGAGCAAUUUACUACGAGGGUACUCCAGGUUCUAGCAGAGAGACACGCAGAGAAAGGCAUUGUGUUCUUCUGUUGGGGUAACUGGGCAAAGAAGAUGCUUGACGGCGCCAAAAUCGAUAAAAAGAAACAUCUAAUUUUGUCGUCUACGCACCCAUCACCAUUGUCAGCCUCCAGAGGAUUCUUUAACACUGGCCAUUUCAAAAAGGCAGAUGCCUGGGUCAAGGAGAGAUAUGGCAAGGGUAUAGACUGGAUGGUGCAAUCAGCUGAUCGCGUUGACAAACCAAAACUUGAGGAGAAGGAGGCAGAGAACAUCGAUAAGCCAUCAAAGAAGACUAAAGUAGACGAGAAGGUCGAAGAAACCGUAAGAGAAGAUAAAGAGGAUGAGAAAUCGGAUGCUGUUAUCGAGAAAGACGCGAUUGAGGAGAAGGAUGUACAAAGUAUGAAAUCGAAUUAA